AUGAAAAGGGCAGAGAAGUACAUAAGGCAGGAUGAUGCCUUAGUAACUAGCAGGUUUGCUAAGGAGUCUGUAAACAGGGGAAAAGCCCCAGAAGAAAGGAGGUCGGAGAGGCAUGAGAAGAAGCAGAGCAAGAAGCCUGAGCCGUACAGACAACCCUGGGAUCGAAGGGACCAAAGACCUUUCCCUCCUCGGGUUCCAGAACAAAAGCCAUUCCCUCCGCAUAUUCCGGAGAACCUGACCCCGCUCAACGCCUCCAGAGCCGAGGUGCUCAUGGCAGUACAAGACAAGGAGUUCCUUCAAUGGCCCAGGCCUAUGAGGGUAGAAGCAAACCAGCGAGAUCCUGACAAAUACUGUCAGUAUCACCGUACACACGGCCAUGACACCAACAACUACUACCAGCUGAUCGGUGAGAUCGAGAGGCUGAUUAAAAGGGGCCACUUAUGGAACUUUGUGAAGAAACCAGAAGGAGAAAGGCCUCAACCAAAUCCUACAGCAGAGAGGCCCCGGAGAGCUGGAGCAGGACCGGUGAAUGAUGGCUCCAGUGGAACCAUCAACAUGAUUGUUGGGGGAACCGAAGGUCGGAUGAGCCAAAGGGGAAAGAAGAGAGGUAGAGAUAGGGAAAACAUCAGUGCCGAAGUCAUGCAGGUAGUUGAGCACUCUCCAGUGACCAUCACCUUCUCUCCGGAGGAUGCCCAGGGUGUUCAGAUGCCUCACGACGAUGCCCUUGUUAUUGAAGCCGUCAUCCACAACUACCGGGUUAAGAAGAUCUUGGUGGAUGACGGAAGUAAGGUGAAUUUGCUACCGUACAGGAUCUUUCAGCAGAUGGGAAUCCCUGAAGAGCAGUUGGUUCGAGACCAGGCCCCGGUCAAAGGGAUCGGAGGAGUCCCAAAGCCUGUAGAGGGGAAAGUAAAGCUGGCUCUCACUCUAGGAGAAGUUGUAAUACACUCAGAAGCAGGAGUGGGAGUAGUCAAAGGAAGCCAGGAAAAGGCACGAGCAGUGUAUCUGGCCACCGUAUCAGAGCCGAACUCGGCAGGAGAGAAGCUCGACUCGGAAGUUCUGGAGGUCCGAGAUGAGAAAAAAGAGGCCAGGACGGAGCCUGUCGGAGAGCUGGAGAUCUUUUCCUUAUCAGAAGCAGAGACAAAUAAGGUCUUCAGUCUUAACACCGGCCUCACUGAAUAG